UAACAUACCUGAAGACAUGAUUGCUGCGUCAAGGGGUGGUGUUACUGAUUGAGUUCGAGGUCGGGUAUACUUCAAGUGAGAGUUCUGUUCAAAGUAAGGUAUAGAUCAAAAGGGAAAGCCGCGACCCUCUAUUGGCUUAUGAGAUGCCAAUCCCCCUCACUAGCCAGCCAGCCGGCAUCCCUCCCUCCCCCCCUCCAUUUCCGUGGUGCGGGGGUGGAGGGGGAGGCGUUCCAGUCUCCACCUUUUCCGGCAAUCGCGCACACGCACCUCGCACACACGCAGUCAGCAAGCCCGAAAGGGAGAUAAAUCUCCUCAGCGUUAGCUCUGACGGUACUCUCUCUCUCUCUCCCUGUCUCCCUGUGUCCCACUUCCCGACUGUCCGACUGUCUGUCUGACUGUCUGCGUGCCUGUUUGGGCAUCCCUGCAUCGCUCCCUUGACUCCCAAAUCCAAAUGCCGCUCCCCCCUCCCCUCCGCCGAUUU